AGCCGCCACUUCCUGGAGCCGCCGGCCGGGGCCGCUCGCUGCACUCAGCGCCGGAGCCUGGAGCCCGCGGCCGCCGCCAUGUCCCAUCAGACCGGCAUCCAAGCAAGUGAGGAUGUUAAAGAUAUUUUUGCCAGAGCAAGAAAUGGAAAAUACAGGCUUCUGAAGAUAUCGAUUGAAAAUGAGAAACUUGUGGUUGGAGCGUGUAGGCAGCCUUUAGAUUCCUGGGAUAAGGAUUAUGAUUCCUUUGUUUUACCCCUGUUGGAGGACAAACAACCGUGCUACGUAUUAUUCAGGUUAGAUUCUCAGAAUGCCCAGGGAUAUGAAUGGAUAUUCAUUGCGUGGUCUCCAGACCAUUCUCAUGUUCGUCAAAAAAUGUUGUAUGCAGCAACAAGAGCAACUCUGAAAAAGGAGUUUGGAGGUGGCCACAUUAAAGAUGAAGUGUUUGGAACAGUAAAGGAAGACGUGUCAUUACAUGGAUAUAAGAAAUAUUUGCUGUCACAGUCUUCUCCUGCCCCACUGACUGCAGCUGAAGAAGAAUUACGACAGAUUAAAAUUAAUGAGGUACAAACUGACGUGAGUGUGGACACUAAGCAUCAAACACUACAAGGAGUAGCAUUUCCUAUUUCUCGAGAAGCUUUUCAGGCUUUGGAAAAAUUGAAUAACAGACAGCUCAACUAUGUGCAGUUGGAAAUAGAUAUAAAAAAUGAAAUUAUAAUUUUGGCCAACACAAUAAAUACAGAACUAAAAGAUUUGCCAAAGAGGAUUCCCAGAGAUUCAGCACGUUAUCAUUUCUUUCUGUAUAAACAUUCCCAUGAAGGAGACUAUUUGGAGUCUAUAGUUUUUAUUUAUUCAAUGCCUGGAUACACAUGCAGUAUAAGAGAACGGAUGCUGUAUUCUAGCUGCAAGAGCCCUCUGCUAGAGAUUGUAGAAAGACAACUACAAAUGGAUGUCAUUAGAAAGAUCGAGAUAGACAAUGGGGAUGAGUUGACUGCAGACUUCCUUUAUGAAGAAGUACACCCCAAGCAGCAUGCACAUAAACAAAGUUUUGCAAAACCAAAAGGUCCUUCAGGAAAAAGAGGAAUUCGAAGACUAAUUAGGGGUCCAGCUGAAACUGAAGCCACUACUGAUUAAAAUUAUUACAAUACUAGAUUUUUUAAAAGUCCAGCUUUUAGUACAGGAGAACUGAAAUCAUUCCACGUUGAUGUAUAGUAGGGGAAAAAAUUGUACUUUUUGAAAAUCAGCACUUUUCACUUCUGUGUGUUUUUAAAAUUAAUGUUAUAGAAGACUCAUGAUUUCUAUUUUUGAGUUAAAGCUAGAAAA